AUGGCCACCAAUGGACUGGGGAUAAAUCUGGUUCCGAAUCACAAUAUCGGUAUUAUACCUUGGCCUCAUCCUGCCAAUGAAAUGUCGCAGCUUGACGCGAUAAUUUCAGAUACAGACGACACAAUUCUAGCUGGAAUGAGUGAAAUACUAGAGGCUUAUAUUCGAAGAUCUGGGCAUCGUGGUCUUUCUCGUGUAAAUGUACUCAGAAUAUCCAGAAUUCUAGCUGCAACAUAUCAAGCACCUGACAAGCCGAAAACUACCAAGAGCGCUCUGGCGCCCCUCAGCGGAGGCUAUGACAUUGAUGAUCAAAAAAACUUUAACAAGAUCGUCUCCAUUAACGUAGGAACUGGAAAACAACGAGUCCAAUUCACAGCAAUUGCUGGAUUAUUGGCCACGCAAGCCGAAUAUUUCAAACCUCUUUGUUCUGGUCUAUGGAAAUGUGGUCGUGAAAGUAUCAUCUCACUAGAAGAUUAUCAACCUGAAAGUUUCGAAAUGUUCCUUGCAUGGCUCUACACUAAGGAUAUUAGAAAUGCUAAAUGUCUGGGAAAGCAUACCACACGUAAGAAUGGGUGCGCGAUGGAUUUUGUCAAGUCGGCGAAAGAUCCACUUUUCAACAAGACAGAGGAGACUCGAAAGCUGGUGGAUAGCAACACAGUCGAAUCAUCACCGCUACGAGCUCUAAUCAAGGACAUACUAUUUCCUUCUGUUGAAGAGAGACGAAUUCCCGUUACCACUAACCGACGUCCGAGAGCACCCCCUUAUUUCCGUAGAACCAGACGUGGAAUUCAUAAUCCCUUAGUGCUGAACCCCCUAUUUCUGCCCCAUGACCAGAAUACUCAAUUUCCAAACGAUGGAACGGCUCCGCAUCCAAAUUUUCAACCUGGUCAUCCACUGUUUACUUCUGAUUUUCCGCCAACUACUCUGAAUGCACAUCCCCCGCCACCAACCGUCCACCAUAUGCACAACGCUGCACCUUCGUUAUCCACUGGAAUCGCACCUGCCCCACACUUUCACCCUCAUCCACCGCCAACUCAUCCUCAUAACAAUCCAACAUUCUAUUCGAUUCCUCAAGGAGGUCCAUUUCAUGCUGGCAAUCACCACCUUCCCAUCUCUCACCGCGCACCUUCUCCACAUCAUAUUCCCCACAAUCCCUUCGCCAAUCACUACAAUAUUCGAAAUCAACAUCCUUUUCUCUCGCCAAUGCCCCUCCCACCUCGACCUACUCUACGCUCUCGUUUUCUCAAAGCAAUGAAGUUUGGGAGAGAUGAAGAGAAAGUAGAUCCGGAAAGCGUUGCUAUUGAGUUCAAGGAAUGGGAAAAGGCAUCGAUGGUUUGGGAACAUGAGAGAUGUAGAUAUCACAUUCAUGCUAUGGGGAAGGACUGUCGAGAUGAGGAAUAA